AUGGGAUGGAGGCCUUAUGGGGAAAGCGGUCUAAAAAGGCAGAAUUGCAAUCUAGGUUCUGCAAUUGUGGCUGGAUUACUGGCGUCACAGCAGUCGGAGACUCUGGUGAACCGCAUUUUGAUCUGCGUCCAGACAGCAUCUCAGCAAACGCGCGUUGCUACAAUGCUUCCCAAUAAGAACCGCCACCAUGUGCAAUAUGUGAUUGACAACCAUGUAGAGGGCGUGAGACAAGCGGAUGUGAUUAUUCUAACCUGUCCGCCCUCCCAGGCAUCUGUGGUUCUUGGGACUCAUGGAAUGGCCGCGUCUUUGACCGGAAAGCUGUUGAUCAGCAUGCUGGGUGGUGUCUCAUUGGACGAUAUCGAGCGGACUCUUUACGGAAGCAGCAAAGAUCGAGGGCCAGAAGGGCGAUGCCACAUCAUACGAGCAACGACCAACGUAGCUGCCGCCGUCGACGCCUCUGUCACCAUCAUUGGCGAAUGCUCCACGCCGAUGCCGGGUGAAACUCUCGCCUCCGCCGUGGCACUCCUGAAGACAAUCGGAAGCGUGGUUCACGUCAACGCCUCUCAAAUCCCAGCAGCAACGGCAUUAGGUGCAUCGGCGACGGCAUUCUUUGCACUAAUGCUUGCAGCGGCAAUUGACGGUGGCGUUGCGUUGGGACUCGGGCAUGACCAGGCUGUACAGAUUGCUGCUCAGACCAUGGCUGGUGCAGCGCAGUUGGCAUUAUCUGAGGCUCAUCCAGCUACUAUCCGCACACGUGUCACCACCCCAGGCGGCUCUACUGCGAGGGGCUUGGAGGUGCUGGAAGAAGGGGCUGUUCGGGGAAAGAUCAUUCGUGCUCUCAAGGAGACAGCUACUACCCAUCGCAUGUAA